ACCUCGUCGGGCCGGCGGAGGUCUGGCUAUGUGCCUUUGAGGGUCGCUUGGGACGCAGAGCGAGAGCCGAGAGCGAUGUCUCAGCCGCCGCCUCCUCCUCCGCUGCCGCCGCCGCCGCCUCCCCCCGAGGCUCCGCAGACUUCGUCGUCCCUGGCGGCGGCGGCUACUCCGGGGGGCCUUUCGAAACGAAGGGACCGGAGAAUCCUUUCCGGGAGCUGCCCGGAUCCCAAGUGCCAGGCGCGGCUCUUCUUCCCGGCCUCAGGUUCUGUCAGCAUCGAGUGUACCGAGUGCGGACAGCGGCACGAGCAGCAACAGCUGCUGGGAGUGGAGGAGGUGACCGACCCGGACGUAGUGCUGCACAAUCUGCUGCGGAACGCGCUACUCGGGGUGACGGGGGCUCCCAAGAAGAACACGGAACUGGUAAAGGUGAUGGGCCUCUCCAACUACCACUGCAAAUUAUUGUCGCCCAUAUUGGCACGCUAUGGAAUGGACAAACAAACGGGCCGGGCCAAGCUUCUCCGGGACAUGAACCAAGGCGAACUGUUCGAUUGCGCGUUACUCGGUGACCGGGCCUUCCUCAUCGAACCAGAGCACGUCAACACAGUGGGCUAUGGCAAGGACCGAUCUGGAAGCCUCCUAUAUUUGCAUGACACUCUCGAGGAUAUCAAACGGGCCAAUAAAAGUCAAGAAUGCCUUAUUCCAGUGCAUGUGGAUGGGGAUGGACACUGCCUAGUGCAUGCUGUGUCUAGGGCUCUAGUAGGCCGAGAGCUCUUCUGGCAUGCCCUGAGGGAGAAUCUGAAGCAGCACUUUCAGCAGCACCUAGCCCGAUAUCAAGCCCUGUUUCAUGACUUUAUUGAUGCUGCAGAGUGGGAGGACAUUAUCAAUGAAUGUGACCCUCUGUUUGUGCCACCUGAAGGUGUCCCCUUAGGCCUGAGGAAUAUCCACAUAUUUGGCCUUGCCAAUGUGUUACAUCGUCCCAUAAUUCUCUUAGAUUCCCUCAGUGGCAUGAGAAGCUCUGGUGAUUAUUCAGCCACCUUUCUACCUGGGCUCAUACCUGCAGAGAAGUGCACCGGGAGAGAUGGUCAUUUGAACAAGCCAAUCUGUAUUGCGUGGAGUAGCUCUGGUAGAAACCAUUAUAUUCCCUUGGUAGGCAUAAAGGGGGCUGCCUUGCCCAAACUACCCAUGAAUUUGCUACCUAAAGCAUGGGGUGUGCCUCAGGACCUUAUUAAAAAGUACAUCAAGCUUGAGGAGGAUGGUGGUUGUGUUAUUGGAGGAGACAGAAGUUUGCAGGAUAAGUACUUACUUAGGUUGGUUGCUGCUAUGGAGGAAGUCUUUAUGGACAAACAUGGUAUCCAUCCUAGUUUGGUUGCUGAUGUACAUCAGUAUUUCUACAGAAGGACUGGGGUGAUAGGAGUUCAGCCUGAGGAAGUUACAGCAGCUGCUAAAAAAGCAGUAAUGGAUAAUCGCCUUCACAAGUGUUUGCUUUGUGGUGCCCUUUCUGAACUUCAUGUCCCUCCUGAGUGGUUGGCUCCAGGAGGAAAACUGUAUAACCUGGCAAAAAGUACUCAUGGACAGCUGAGGCCUGACAAAAAUUACAGCUUUCCCUUAAACAAUUUGGUUUGUUCAUAUGAUCCAGUGAAAGAUGUUCUGUUACCAGACUAUGGAUUGAGUAAUCUAACAGCUUGUAAUUGGUGCCAUGGCACAUCUGUGCGAAGAGUCAGAGGAGAUGGCUCUAUUGUAUAUUUGGAUGGAGACAGAACUAAUUCUAGGUCUAGUGGUGGCAAAUGUGGUUGUGGAUUCAAACACUUUUGGGAAGGUAAAGAAUAUGACAACCUUCCAGAAGCUUUUCCUAUCACUUUGGAGUGGGGAGGAAGAGUAGUCAGAGAAACAGUAUAUUGGUUCCAGUAUGAAAGUGAUCCAUCUUUGAAUAGUAAUGUUUAUGAUGUUGCAAUGAAACUUGUUACCAAGCACUUUCCAGGUGAAUUUGGGAGUGAGAUCCUAGUUCAGAAAGUUGUCCACACUAUAUUGCAUCAGACUGCAAAAAAAAAUCCUGACGAUUACACUCCUGUAAAUAUAGAUGGUGCUCAUGCUCAGAGAAUUGGAGAUGUGCAAGGACAAGAAUUGGAGUCUCAGCUACCAACUAAAAUUAUUCUUACUGGACAGAAAACAAAAACUCUGCACAAGGAAGAAUUAAACAUGAGUAAAACUGAAAGAACUAUUCAACAGAACAUCACAGAACAAGCUUCUGUGAUGCAGAAACGGAAAACAGAGAAAUUAAAACAAGAGCAAAAGGGGCAACCCAGAACUGUUUCUCCAAGUACUAUUCGUGAUGGGCCUUCAUCUGCACCUGCCACCCCCACGAAGGCUCCCUACUCACCUACCACUUCUAAGGAGAAGAAGAUUCGCAUAACAACUAAUGAUGGACGGCAGUCCAUGGUUACCCUUAAGUCUUCAACAACCUUUUUUGAACUUCAGGAAAGUAUAGCCAGAGAGUUCAACAUUCCUCCAUAUUUACAGUGUAUUCGAUAUGGCUUUCCUCCUAAAGAGUUAAUGCCACCCCAAGCAGGAAUGGAAAAGGAGCCAGUUCCUUUGCAGCAUGGUGACAGAAUUACAAUAGAGAUCUUAAAAGGCAAAGCAGAAGGUGGUCCAUCCACUGCUGCACACUCAGCCCACACUGUGAGACAAGAAGAGAUUGCUGUUACUGGCAAGCUGUCCUCCAAGGAACUUCAGGAGCAAGCUGACAAAGAAAUGUACUCCUUGUGUCUUUUAGCAACAUUAAUGGGAGAAGAUGUGUGGUCUUAUGCAAAGGGACUUCCUCACAUGUUCCAACAGGGUGGUGUAUUCUACAAUAUUAUGAAGAAAACUAUGGGCAUGGCUGAUGGCAAACAUUGUACUUUUCCACAUCUACCUGGCAAAACCUUUGUUUAUAAUGCUUCUGAAGAUAGACUGGAGUUGUGUGUCGAUGCUGCAGGACAUUUCCCCAUUGGUCCUGAUGUUGAAGAUUUAGUUAAAGAGGCUGUAAGUCAGGUUCGAGCAGAGGCUACUACAAGAAGUAGGGAAUCAAGCCCUUCACAUGGGUUAUUAAAACUAGGUAGUGGUGGAGUAGUGAAAAAGAAAUCUGAGCAACUUCACAAUGUAACUGCCUUUCAGGGGAAGGGCCAUUCUCUAGGAACUGCAUCCAGUAACCCGCACAUGGAUCCCAGAGCUAGGGAAACUCUGGCUGUAAGAAAGCAUAAUACAGGGACAGAUUUUAGUAAUAGUUCCAUUAAAACAGAGCCUCCUGUGUUCACAGCUGCUUCUAGUAAUAGUGAGCUUAUUCGAAUAGCUCCUGGAGUGGUAACAAUGAGAGAUGGUAGGCAGAUUGAUCCCGAUGUGGUUGAGGCCCAGCGAAAAAAAUUGCAGGAAAUGGUUUCUUCUAUUCAGGCAUCAAUGGACAAGCACUUGCGGGAUCAAAGUACGGAGCAAACACCAUCUGAUCUUUCUCAAAGAAAAGUAGAAGCUGUGAGUUCUUCUGUGAGGCCUGGGAAUCUUCAGACUGGCUUGCCUGAAUCUUUUUCUUUAACUGGUGGCACUGAGAAUUUGAAUACUGAAACAACUGAUAGUCGUGUAGCAGAUGUACUGGGAGCAGCAUUUGCCACAAGGUCAAAAGCACAAAAAGAAAAUUCCAUGGAGGAACCUGAAGAGAUGGAUAGUCAAGAUGCUGAGACAACUAACACAACUGAGCCGAUGGAUCACUCUUGAUUUAAUUUAGAGGCUAAUAAAGGCAGAUGUUUAUUGUGAAUAUGUAAUAUUUGUUGGCUGGGCCACAUAACUUGAGUAGUCAUUAAAAAUCUUGUACGUAUAUAAUUCAAAGAUUAUAUCUUGUUAUUCAGUGCAUGAUAGCAAGUGUGUGAUUGGCAAUAGCUUUUAAUAUACUGCUGCCCAGGCUGGCUCUGAAUUCUUGUAAAUUAGUUUAGAUCUUUUGAAAGGGUUUAUUCCAUGUAUGUGGUUCAUUGGAAGUUCUUUGUCAUUUUUAAUUCCAUGAAAGUCUUAAUUUUCAGACAUGAAAAUUCUCUUGCUAAAUAUUUGGUUUCUGCAGAGACCAGAAUUGGAGAGGAAAUGACAGUUGGUACACGUUGUCAUCAAGGUAGCCAUCCUACAUUUCAUGAGAAUGUUGAUUUCAAGUUUACCUGAACUAAAUGUAUCUUAAAAUACAUAAAAUACUUUGACUACUUAAAAGUUAUAACGUUAUAGAGACAGCUAUUGUUGGCAAAAAUAUUUUGACAGUUGAGAGUGACACAUUUUCCCGAGUUGAGCCGAGUUGGGGAGAAGUAUCUACCCUAGUAUGAUAAAGUCGGUGUGACUCAGUCCGUUGGUCAGAGCCAGUAUGGCUAGUUCUAUGCUCUUGUUGAUAAUAUGUUGCCAUUAUUUUUUUAAUCUUGGCCUUGUCAAGUUCCACCUAUUAUUUUUUAAAUCUUACAUAAAAGAGAAUGGCAUUUUGUUCUAGAAUAUUUAAAAAUAAUGGUAGCAGUAGUUAAUUUCUAACUUUCAGAGUAUGUCAGAGUCACAGAGAAUUUAUCUGUAUGAAUGGUUCUAUAGUUUUGACACAGUGGUAUGUAAGCCUGUAUAUGCUAAAUGUGUCUAAGCCCCUUUCAACCAAAAAUGUUUUCCUUUUUUCUUAGAGUCCGUAAGAUUUUUUUUUGUCCGCUUCACUUGAGUUUGGAUGCAUAGUUUGUUCCAACAUACCAUUAGCAUCUGCUUAAAUAGUGCAUUCAUUAACUCUUCCGUGCCAGUUUCCUCCUCCAAGCAGCUUUGUGCUUAUUUAGUAAACACAGUGUAUAUUCCUGAGAUUGGUACUGGACUAUUGUAUUCUGUUCUGUAGACUUGUAUUUGUAAGUGUAUUUCAGUCCAUCAUCUUCCUUCAUUUACUGAAAUUAAGUUGAAUUUGAAUGAACGAAUGACAAAUGUAUGUUAAUAUAAUCUCUUAGAGCAUUCAAAGCCUGGCUGUCUCUGUUUGCACAUGUAACAGAUGCAGAACUGUUUGUAAUUCUACAAAAGUGUAUGCCCGAAAAUACAUUAUCAGGUGUUUAAAAAUCUCUUCCUGUUCAUUCAAAAGGGAUGUUGUACUUUAACUUUUUCUAGAUAAGGAGGUUUUGUCUUUUUUUCCUGUGACAGUAUCUUUAACUGAGUCUACAGACUGAUUAACCCACUUUGUUGAAUGAGGAAGGAAGGAGAAUCUAGACGUUUAAAAGUGUAGCUGAGGUUAAGAUAAUGUACACCACUACACACACACCUGGAUUAGUGUUUAUCAUAUCAUACUUUGAAAUAUUUUAUCUCCACUCAUCCAUUUAUAUUAAAGUACCAGGAAAAUUUAUAGCUUUUAUAUUCCAUACUAAUUUUGCAUGAAGUAAGAUUGCUACCAAAUUCUUAACAAUUAGCUGUGCUUUAAAUAAAGAAAAAAAUCCCUCCCAAGCCCUUCACUAACCACUAUUAAUUAUUUUAGCCUAGUCAACUAUUGCAAUACUCUUCUUUAAAUUUUUUUUCCUGGUUUAAGUACAAGAAAACUGCUCAAUAAGCAGAACGUGUUCUGCUUCAAAUAAAUUAUAUAAUCACCCUACUUUAACAGAUGGUAUUUGAAGUUAAUAACUGGCAGGAUCUCAAAGUAGCGAUAUCAGAAACAAAUUUUGUUUUUCCCAGACACUGUUUUACUAUAUAGCCUUGGCUGGCCUGGAGGUCACUAAAUAGACUAGGCUGGCCUUAAAGAGAGAUCUGCCUGCCUCUGCCUCCCAAGUGUUGGGACUAGAAAGCAUACACUACCAUGCCUGGCUAGAGACAAAUUAUCUCCUAUUAAAUACCUGAAUUUAGUGUAAAUUAUACACAUGUGAACGUUAGAAGAUGGAUUUAAAUCUGACAAUACUGCAUUGUCUCUAGUGACAGUAGUGGUAUUUAGGGUUAGAAGCUUAAUUGGGUAUAAAUAACAGUUUGGGUUCUCCCUAGAUAGAAAACACAGACAAACCAACCAACAACCAAACAAACAGGUUUGAGAAUAUAUCAGAAUUCUUGAACAUAUUUUAAAUCAGUUGAGAUUUGAAUGGAAUUAUUAGUGGUUUGGGGUAAGUUUUGAGAGGGUUUGUUUUAAACACCACUCGUGUAUUUAUGUGAGUGUAGAUGCUUUUUUAUUGUUAUGAGACCACUGUGCUGCACCAGUGGAGCACAAUAGCUUGUGAUCUCCAGUAAAAAUGGUUUUUUAGCCCUAGAUGUAACAUAACUAAUUCAAACCUAUUCAGUUCUAUUUGCAGUGUUCACUGAAGACUGAAGUAAUAUUGUAAAUAUUUUUCUUCAGUAAUCCAUUUUGUAAUCAUACCAAGUUUGAGUUGAUGACCCGAAGUCCAGGCAAUUGAAGGUAGUGUAUGUCCAGAAAGCUGGUAAUGAACAGUUGCUCGAGUUGAAGGAACCAAGACACUGCCAAGUAUUAUGAAUAGUAUACAAUUAGCUCCAAGGGAACGGUCACUCAGGAACGAAAGAGCAAGCCGAGACUGCCCAUUCGUCUCCCACUCCUUAAACUAUGUUUCAGGUGUUUAUUGGAAAUUAUUAGGAAAGAGGCCUGAGAAAUUUAGCAAAUGCUAGUAUUCGAAGUGCUUUAUACCUUCCUAUGGUUUUAGUUUUGUUUUUAUAAUUAAGCUCUACUGCUGCAGUGGAGACAGCAUCCUGGAGUCACUUGUGAGACUAGCCCCAGGUCUGACAGGGACUUAGUGCCAUUGUUUUAAGGAUCAUAUUCUCUGCAUAUUAACAAUGUCUUACAUAGGGUCUCUUACCUCAGGGAAGACAAUUGACUAGCAACUCCUGUUAUUGACAGGGUUUGGAGAACUACUUUGACAUAUCCCAUGUUAGCUACCAAAUGCAAAAAAGUAUUAUUUUAUGUAGUUACUCGCUGUCUGCUACUGAACAUUUCUCUUGAUAUUUAGGACCCUAUUAUUAAGUUACAUUUAGGUAUGAAAUAAACUUCUAGGUUCUGUCAUUAGUUAUACUUCAUCUUGUCACUGUAGUGAUAUUAUAUUUUUUUUUUAAAUUUCAGAACAUUAAUACAGUUUUGUCCUCAAACAGUAUUUCCAACAGUCAGUUUAAUUGGCCCAAACUUAAAUACUCAAAUACAAACAAAUCUUGAGAAUUUUAUUUUUCUUGCUUUUUUAAAAUGGAUCUCAAAGCAAGGUCUCCACCUUAAGAUUCUUAUAAAAUCAGAGCCCUUGCAAAAUUGGUUUAAAUUCCACUCAUUUUAACAUAGAUUUGAAGUUAAACUUUUUAUAACAUAAGUAGAUGGAUAUUCUAGGUUGGCUAGCUGUUCUGCUUUCCAAGACCUUAGCAAACUUGUACAACACAGAGGCUCUUCACAACUAGACUAUUUUUUUCAAACAAGAACAACUCAUGAAAAUAGGCCAUAGUAGUAAAAUGUAUUUAAGGAAUAAAGUAACAAAGGGGAGAUAGAUCACUAAUGUCACAGAGUUAAUUGCAAGUUCUGCCAUUCUUUGAGAUGCCAAGUGUUUCAAUUCAUAUUUAAUGAUACUCAAAUCGUGGAAAUUUUAACGUUUGUUCCAAAAAUAGCAGAAACUGUAAAAAAAAAUUGUGAAUUAUUGGAGAAAAUACCAUUACUUGUAUACCGGACAUUUAAAGUUUUCAAUUAUGGAGUUGACAUGUUUUGUAGUAUAAUAAUACAAUGACUAUUCUCUUGUAAAACAAAAGGAAAAACUAGUAAAGACAAAGUUUUAGUUGAUGUUAUUUGCUUGUAUCAAUUACUAGUAUUUUAAAAUUUAAGGUAUUGCAAACUUUCCUUUAGAAUGCAGAAACCCUUCCUGGAGCCUUUAUGCCUGUUGUAGAGCAAUAAAGGACUGAAAAGCUUAUCAGUA